GCUUUCUCAAUCCCACGCGUGAACCUUCUCUCAUGCAUGCCCUGAAUUUUCGAAACCCAAGGUUCCUUCCUCAGAGACCUUAAAACCCCAGACUCAGCUCCCUGCUUGCUUGCUGGAACUUGCAAACGUAGAGCUCUUGUUUUUAUCUUUCACAAUUUUGCCAUCUCUCAUCUUGAAAGCUUAUACAACUAUGUCUGCAAUGCUGGAGGUCAGAGUUCCAAACUUGGAUUGUGAGGGCUGUGCUUCCAAGUUAAAGAAAGCUCUCUUGAAGCUCAAAGGGGUUGAAGAAGUGGAGGUAGAAAUGGAGAUCCAAAAAAUAACAGUCCGAGGCUAUGCCCUGGAGGAAAAGAAGGUGCUCAAAGCUAUUAAACGAGCAGGGAAAGCAGCAGAGCCAUGGCCAUUUCCUGGAUACUCCCACUACGCCUCAUUUUACAAGUAUCCAACCUAUAUAGUGAACCAUUACUAUGACUGUCAUAGAAGUGAAGCUUCCAAUGGUGUUCACACUUUCUUCCACACCCCAGCUGUCUACUCAGUUGCGGUGGCAUCCGAUGAGGCCGUUGCUUCACUUUUCAGUGACGAUAAUCCAAAUGCCUGCUCUAUCAUGUGAACAUAUAUAGGCAACCUUUUAUUUUAUUUUUUGCUUUCUUUCAAAUUUUUAUCUGGAAAGACUUGUGCUAAAUUCAAUUUUGUUUGAGUUCUGUUUGCCGAUGAGUGUUGGCCAAAAAAACGAUUUAGAACAUGAAAUUCAGGUAGUAUUUUGUCGUAUUAUCGCUUUUAAUUU